UUGACUGCAGCGCCGUAGUGAUUAGUUUGUAUCGGAUGUACGCCAUCUAACGGUUGAAUUGUGUUACAAAUUUGAGACAUAUUCGGAUAUCGAUGGUUUAUUUAACUCGUCAAAUUUGAGAGUAACUAUAUAUGGAUGCAACAGCAGAGCAUGACUCUGACUCUGCAGAUGAGGGAUGGACUUUGCGUGUCCCACAGAAAGAUGAGAAGUCAGAUAAAGGGUGGAGGUGUAUGACUUCAUCUUUUUCAUUUUUUUUUUCCUUCAGGUAAGCCACAUUUAAGGAAGUUACCUAGUAAUAAAUCUGCAUGCCACACAAGCAUACCUAGUUCUCUCUCACAUAAACACGCAUAUCAGAUGUAUGCAAUCCUCAGUAAGUUUACUAUCUGAAAACACUUGAUGUGUGAUCUGACAUGAUUCAAGUCCAAUGAAGCAUGGAUUACAGAAAGACGGUGCAUGUUCCUCAGCUUAGCAACGAAAUGCAGCUGAAUGUCAUGAACUGGGUGAAAUCAGGCAAAAUGAGUAUUGAUGAAGUUCUGAUUCGGGCUAACAAUGGCACGUUACACAAGCAGAGGAACUUUGAGCUGGAGGAAAAACAGUCACAGUACAACUUCAGUGUUCGUAAGUUCAACCGCUACAUAUGGCAGAAACGGGUGUUGCAGAUUGAUUUCAGCACAAGCCUUUUGUGCAGCAUUGAGAAAGGCAUUGUGAAACGGCAGCUCUGUUUUUCUGAAGUGAAAAACUGCCAUGAUGCACCGGGUACCAGGUUCUCGAUUUCGUUUAGAGAUCGGUCUGACUAUGAGCUGGAAGCUGCGUCCUUAGAGGACAAGCAGCAGAUCAUGCAGCUGGUAAAUCAGGUCAUCUACAGUAACAUAUACAGCCCUCUUGUGAACGGGAACUCGGUUGAAGUGCAAACUUCACACCUGCCUCCAACUCCUGACAACCUCAAAGAGGGUCACCUAUUACUGCAGAGAGGAGGGCUGGCAUCAUUCAAAUGGAAGAAAUACGAGGCUAAUCUUCAGACUAGUCAGCUGACCUUGUUCCCAGUCAUUCAGCAGUCUUCCAGCAGUGAUGCAGGUGUGUCUGUUUCCUCCAACAAAUCUGUCUGGAGUCUCUCAGAUAUCUACACCAGUGUGGAUGAUAUCAGAUGUACUGGGGGUGAUGGGGCAGCUCUUGUCAUCCAUCUCUCCGACGGUAAUGUCAAGGUGGAAACCCCCUGCAACACAGACACCUUCACGCUGUACAAUGACAAGAAUGACUUUGUGUUCCGAAUACCAAAAAGUGACCACAAAACCCCAGAGGCCAUAACAAAUGAGCGAGAUGCCUGGGUGAAAGCGAUCAAACAGCUAUGUGUGGACUGGAAAAGAAAGUCACAUCUUGAACACUUCUAUGAAGCCCCGGAAAAAGAUCCCACUGAUGUUACAGAGUCAGAAAGUGAGACACAGGACAACCAAAUGCCGCUCGCACCUCCACCAGUUCCACAUUCACUGAGACCACGCUUACCCAAAACAUCGCCGGAUGUUCCUGCAGCUUUUUCAGCAGCACCGGAGCCAGAAACUGCUUCCCUGGAAGAAUCAGAAGCAGAACCAAAGCCAACCCUUACAGCACAGAGCAGAGCUGUGCACAAGCCAGACCGGACACCCUCAGCAGUGCCCGUGACCUCACCAGCGGCCUUGUGCUCAUCACCGGCUCCGUUUGUUUUGCCCCCACCAUUGCCUGUGCCGUCAGCAGUGCCAGGUCCUGUCCCUCCUGCCCCUUUGCCCCCUCCGCUGCCCAUGAAAUCCAAGCCGCUUUCAGAGAGGACAAAAGCUUUUCACUGGGACCUGGUGGCUCAGGAUAAGAUUGAGAAGUCGAUGUGGUCUCGCAGGAACCCCAGGAAGAUUGAAAUUGACACCUCGCGCUUGUAUGAGCUGUUUGGAGUGAAAGAGACGGGCCCCGUCGGCAGAGCAGAGUCCAUCAGUACUAUGGAAAUCAUGUUGAACUCAAAGAUCGCUCACAACUUCAAUAUUUUCCUCAAAAGUUUCCCUGUGCAUCCAAAAGAGCUCAAGGACAAAUUAUUGAUUAUAAAUGAAGAGGAAGGGGGUCUCUCCGACGAGCAUAUUGCUUCUCUCAGGAGAUACAUGCCCACCCCAGAUGACAUUGAGAUGUAUAAAUCACAUAAAGGAGACCCGAAUGAGCUGCACGUGGUGGACCAGUACAUGAUGGAGAUGUGCAACAUCCCGAACCUCAGCGCCCGUCUGGACCUGCUGCUCACGAUGCGAGAGCUGCCCAUCUGUAUGGAGGACCUCACGCCGCUGAUUAUCCAGAAGAUCCGCAUGUGCCAGCAGCUGUGGGCUUGUGAGUCAUUUGUCAGCGUGCUGGAGUACCUUCUGGCCGUGGGCAAUUACCUCAACCAGAACGCAGGCAAGGACAGGGCCAAGGGAUUUCGCCUCUCAUCCUUAACUAAGGUAGGACCCGCAAACGCCAGCAAAUGACCUGUGAGGGAUAUCGAGGAGAGUCAGUGCUAAUAAAACUUCAUAUUGGCACACAGGACAAACAUCUGCUGGUUUUAUUUCUCUCUUUAUUUUUUCACCAGCUUUCAUUUCUCCUCCGGUUGUUUUAUCCAGUCAGCUUUGGUAGCAGCAUUAGGGGAACUAAUAAUACUGAAUGAGAUUUUUCAAAACAAUCUAGGUUUUCAGCAAGUAGCAGUCUCUGUUUGUGGUGAUGUUGUGUCAUAUGCACAGCUUUGCACACAAACAAAAUUUCAAUACUUUCUCUUGAA